AGGGCUGCUGGAGCGCUGGGAGUGACACCAAGGUGACUGAGGGGAGGCUGUAUAAAAUGCUGGCGCAGUACAAACCACUCCAGAGACGAGGGCAUCAGCCAGAGUCUUCUGUGUGACCUUUCCCUGCCGUGCACGACCACAGGCCAUUACAGUGAUGACUGCAAAAGCAGAGCUUUCAAGCUGGCCGGAGUACCCAGAGGAUUUCACCCUGUUGCAGCAGCGCAGUCUGGCCCACAUCAACUCCAAGACUUGGAUUUCUUCAAAUUCUCUCCAUGCGUUCUCCAGGAGGGACGCGCACGGAGCUGCAGACGCGGGCCUCUCUCUGGAGAAACUUGUGCCAAUGGGUAAACUAUCCGACUGCGUGUCCGCUACAGGCAUCACAGAGACUGACUGUGAAAAUGCGGCAGAGGGAGGCAAGCCGAACCACUUUGGCCCCCAGAAACACAGGCGCGUCGCAGCCAACGCCAGGGAGAGGAGGAGGAUGCACGGCCUGAACAAAGCGUUUGACGAGCUGAGGAGCGUCAUCCCCUCUCUGGAGAACGAGAGAAAGCUGUCCAAGUAUGACACCCUCCAAAUGGCGCAGAUUUACAUCACUGAGCUGUCGGAGCUCCUGGCCGGCGUGGUUCACCCGGAGUGCAGGAGUCCCCGUCCAAGCUCAGCGGACAAAACCGCAAUGAGGAGUCUGAUCCACUCUCUCCAGCCAACGAACCCGCUGACCGGAGAACAGCGGGACACCUCCGUCGGCCACCUUAUAAUACUUGGACCUACAUCUGACUUGGGGUCCAGUAAAUCAACGACUUCUUCCACCAGCAGUGAUGGGGAAUCUUCGCACUUCAGUGACAUGGAGGAAAGUCAGAAUGGAAGACAUUAACAGAGAGCCACUGACUUCUCGCUGUUUAUACUGCAGUGUCUGUUAUAGAAGGAACCAGGAGAACCAAAUAUUACUGCUUGUAGAAAUUUAUCACAUGACAUAGUCCUACAUUCUCCUGUCAUUUUUAAUAGCUUAGAUGUUGCACUGCCAAAUGAAAAAGCAGGUAAAACUCAAAAAACAUCUACUGAGAUCUUGAAUAUUUUUCUUCCUAAGGCCAUGAUGAACUCCCAGAGGCCUUUUUUAAUGCACUUUAUGGCCUGAACCAUCACUAAAGACAUUUCCAGUGUCAUUAGUGACAUUUGUCUAAAUUAAAAACAAUUAUUUUGAUAUUUAUGUAUAGCUAUUUUAU